AUGUAUAACAAUUAUAAAUUAGUGUCAAAUGGCACAAAUUCUGUCAAUGCUUAAAGUUUAGUUAAUUUAAACAUUUAAACAAAUAUUGAUAUACCAAAUAAAGUGAUUAAAAUUAAAAAGAGAGAAAUUUCAUUAUAAGAUUGUUAAUCAAAACCAAAACUUUCUAAUAAUAAAAAAUAACAUAAAGUUUAACCAAAACCAGAAUAAAAGGUUGCAUCUCUCAUUAAUGAUGAAUUGAUGAAAUAAAAUUCAACUAGUUCUUUAUAUUAGGAAUACAAAAUGGCUAAUCUUAAAGCUAACCUAUAAAAAUUGCAAGCUUAAAAAAAAUGUAAUCUUGUAGAACUUAAUCAUAUUGAAUUAAAUGAUGAUGAAUAAAUUAAUUAUUAUUUAACAGAACUAUGUAAAUAACAUCCUGAAGUAGAUAUUGGUAAACUAUUAAAUGUGGAUGUUGAAAAAGUUACAUUGACUCAACAUUAAGACAAACUAAAUGAAUUAAUAGAAAAGAGAAUAAAUUAAGAAGAAUUAGAUUAAAUAAUAAGUAAGGAUGAAACAAAUAAUUUGGUCAAAAUUUAUAAGGAAUCUAGAUAUGAUCAAUUUGAACCAGAAUAUAGUAAAAAGAAUAAAUUAAAAAUGAUUACAUUUAAAAAAUAAAAAGAUAUCUAAGAUAAACUAUUUGCUUAAAUCUUUGAGGAUGAAGUUUAAAAUAAAAUAUAAAAAGGAGAUAUAUCUAAAUUUUUCAGAACUCCACCAACUUAAUAAAUAUAAAAUAAAAUUAAAAGAAGAUUUAAAUAUGGAAUUAAUUCUAAACCUUUGUCUCAUAGAUAAUCUCCUGGAAUUAGCUAAUUUGAAUCCAGACCCUAAACUGCCUUAGGUUCAUAUACACAAUCUUAGACAUUCUUGACAACAAAAUAAAAAUGGGAUGGAAGAGGAGUAGAUCCAGAUACUUAACAACAAAUGCAAAAUAUUAUUGGAUCUUGUGUUGAAUUGGAAGAUAAAUAAAAGAAAGAAAAAAAAUAAUUUAAAAGAAAAAUAAGAAGAAUGAAUUAAGAAAUACAAAGAUCAGUGAGAACUGUAUCAGAAUAAUUUUAAAAUUAAGAAUAACAAACAAUUUAACAUGAAGAAUUUAAAAAAUUUUAAAGUGAAACUUAAUUCAAAAGAAAACUUAUUGGUUUUCUAUUGAAUUAAGUAACUGAUAAAAAUGAAAUUUUGAGUUAAAAAGCACGAAAAGAGUCAACAAAUAAAUUUAUUAAUAAAGUCUAAAAGUUUACAUGCGAAUUAUGA